AUGUUUUAGUAGAAUCGAACGAAUAUUUUUUAGCAACCGUACAAGUUUAUCGCGAUUAUUUCUUUUGAUUUACAGUAAAGUACUUUUUCUGAUUGUGAGAAGCACUUUGUAAUUGUUCGUGUUCGUCAAGCGUGUUCUGCCAAUUUUAUAAAAUUACAUAGAGAACGCUGCGAUACUAUAAUCACACGCGUGGGAAAUUCGGAAAAUCUCCUAAAGAGUAAGCGCAAGCAGACAGCUUUAAUUGUCAUAAUUUGUAAUUAUCUUAAUCUCGUUACGGUGACAAAAAUAUUUUCUGCUUUUCAACCGAACAUAUUCUAUCUUUCCGUGAUUUCUAAUUAGUGCCGUCUCUUUCCCGAUAGGAUAAUUAACAAUAAUCCUCCCUCCUUCCUCUUUAUUCUCGUCACGGUACGGUCAACAACUAUAAUUCCUAAGCAGAAAAGGUGCAAACAGGAUAACGCUAGCGGUAUGAUGCGCUUCAAUAUACUAUACAACGCUUCGUCAUACACGUUGCUAUGUUGGUGAGAUAAGAUUACGCCAGUACACGACAGUUUCGUGUCUUGUGAAGAUGAAGCACAAUGCGUAUCAGACACAAAAUUACUAGACAGUAAUCCAUCAAUCGGUGAAAAUAGUUGAAUUUAACUCUCUACAUUUACAACGGUUCGUCAUGACGCGCGAAGUAGUUAGAACUUUGCUCAUCGCUCUCGUUCUCGAUGUAGUUGUAACCGACAUUUCGGUGCAUUCCGACGUUUGCCGAUCGUUGUGCGUGUGUGAUAUUUGGUACGGAUUGCAGCACGCCUCCUGCACCGGACACCAUCUUUAUAGCAUUCACACAGGUGUGCCGAGCAUUACGCAAGCUCUAGAUCUGUCAAAUAACUCAAUAUCCGUUUUAAAUAAUUACGAGCUAGCGGACGCAGAGUUGUCGAAUCUUAAAUAUCUCAAUCUUUCUGUGAAUUCAAUUAGCGAAAUUGGUCUAAAUGCGUUUAACGGAUUAUCGGAAUUGAAGGUUUUGGAUUUAUCACAAAAUCAUCUUUAUUAUCUCUUGUCAGAUAUUUUUAUGCCAGCAAAGAGUUUGCGAAUUCUCCGAUUGUCGAAAAACAAUUUCAAUUCGCACGUGCCGAAAUUGAAGUGCCCUUGGCUCACGGAUUUAACUUUGGACUCAUGUAAAAUUGGCCACGUCCCGGUGGAUACAUUCAUUGGACUCCCAAAUCUUCGUAACCUUGAUCUUUCAAAUAAUUUAAUGAUUCAAUUGGAAAGCUUUGUCUUGGAAUCAACAAAAUUAUUAAGAACAUUAUCAAUACAGGGAAAUCCCUGGUUGUGCGAUAAACUUAUGCAUGACUUGCAAAUGUAUCUAACUCAAAAAAGUAUACAAUAUGAUGCAGUAUGUACAACAAAUUCCGUAGAACCGAAAAAUGCAGAACCGAAAAAAUUUGAAAAAAUGAUUAUCUACAAUCCACGUAUAAAAUACGAGAAGCAUCGGCCUUCAAUUUCCAACAUAAAGAAAAACACGCCAAAAAAGACUCUUGUAUCUUCACCGGCAUACAACAAUACAAGUACUUGCGUUAAUGCAACGAGAAACGAGACAAGCUUCAAAAUAUUAAAUGCUAUAUCGCCGUACUACCUCUUCGCGACUGGAUUUUUACUCGGUAGUGCGUGCAGCAUAUUUAUAUGUUAUAUUUGGCUUUCAAGAAAGAUACUUUGUCGUCGCAGAUAUCGCGAGCGAAACGAUAUUCAAAGAGUUUCGUUACUACAGAAUCUGUGGCAAUUUGAAGAUGUUGAUUUCAAUGAAAUCACAUCUUGCCCUGAUACUCCACCGCCGCCGUAUCGCGAGGUUAUGCAGCGACCGGGACUUUAUCGUAAUCCAUCGGAUAUGACAAAUUUAAACAAUAAUAUUGCUACAACUAGUACGCAAUAUACUUAAGUUUUUAGUCCAAUUUAUCAUUGUGAUAUUAUCAAUUACAAUCAUUUUGAAUUUAAUGCACGGAUAAGUGUGAUAUUGACAGUAUCUCGCAUGUACUAUAUUGUAAAUACUUCACGAGUAAACUCUUCACGAGAGAGCGAUAUGUAAAGCAUGACUUCAUGCUAUGAGAUAAAAAAUUAAGUCUUCUUUUUCUAAAGGCUAAACUAACUUUAUAUUUUAUAAUUUAUUUAUCAGAACGCAAACUAUGUGCGCGUAGACAAAAAUUGUCAAACCGUGAUCUUUUAGCAAUUACACAAUAAAUAUUGGAAUAGAAGA